CGGGGGCGGAGCCACAGCUGAGCGCCUUCACGCGCUGCUUCCUGGCGUGUUUUUACCGCCAAACUUUAAACGACAGCAGAGGAAAGAAAAGGUCUCCAGCUGCAGCCGAGAGCCUCACUUUAAUCAGUCCGCCUGUAAAACUAAAAUAUAUUUUUAUUUAUUAACCGAGGAUGUCUUUGACGCCGAAGAGACCGUGUCCGGACCUGAUGAACGACUCCCUGGAGAAGAGAAUAAAACGCAUUUCAAUCGAGGGGAACAUCGCGGCGGGUAAAUCCACUUUUGUGCGCCUUUUGGAGCAGCACAGCGCGGACUGGGAGGUCGUACCGGAACCCAUCGCCAGGUGGUGCAAUGUCCAAACAACAAGCAGUGACUUCGAGGAGCUGACCACGUCUCAGAAGAGCGGGGGGAACGUGCUGCAGAUGAUGUACGAGAAGCCGGAGCGGUGGGCCUACACCUUCCAGAGCUACGCCUGCAUCAGCCGGGUGCGGGCGCAGAUCCGCUCGGCCAACGGGAAGCUGAGGGAGGCGGCCGAGCCCGUGCAGUUCUUCGAGCGCUCCAUCUACAGCGACCGGUACAUUUUUGCCUCCAACCUGUACGAGAGCGAGUGUCUGAACGAGACGGAGUGGUCGGUGUACCAGGACUGGCACGGCUGGCUGCACAGCCAGUUCGGCAAGCACAUCGAGCUGGACGGCAUCAUCUACCUCCGAGCUUCACCAGAGAGGUGUUUGGAGAGAUUGCACCUGAGGGGUCGAGAGGAAGAGCAAGACAUUCCUCUGGAGUAUUUAGAGAAGCUUCACUUCAAGCACGAGAGCUGGCUGCAGCACAGGACCCUGAAGAUGGAGUUCGAGUAUCUGAACGACGUGCCGGUCCUCACCAUGGACGUCAACGAAGACUUCAAAGACGACGACAACAAGAGCGCCGACAUGAUUGAGAAGGUGAAAGAGUUCCUGAGCACAUUGUAGCGUCUUCAGAUGAUGGGAGGAUUGAAAUGAUUCCUGAAAGGAAGAAACAGAGCACUUGUUUUUAAAAAAAAAUAUUUAAAUGCAACAGUGACAAGUGUUUUUUUUUUUUGAUGCUGUGGUUAAAAAAACUGUUAAGAUUUUAAUUUUUUUUUAACCUAAGCUUCUUUUUUAUGUAUUUAUCUGGUUUUCUGAGUGUGAAUGAACUGUGUCCAAUCAGUAUGAACAAAGACAAUAAAGUGAACACUUGGAUUUAUGCUGAGGUUUGUGGAUAUAUUUGUUUUUUACAGCCGAGAACUGUUGAGUUUCUCUUUAGGCUUCAUAUGAGAAAAUCUGUGCUCAACUGACAGUGAAAGUUCAAAUUAGAGUAACAACCAUGUACGUUCACCUGUAUUUUUGUAAGUGAGUAUAAAAUGUCUGUUUUUCAAUGUUGUGUGAUGUUUUCUAUCCAGAUGUCUUGGUUGAUUAAAGUACCAUGAA